GAUGGCGCUUCCACUACGACCCUCAGUGCCAAGCUCCCUCACAACGUGGGAUAUGGCGCUUGUGUAUGGGUCCGCUGGGGUCGCCGGAGUCGAAACUCACGUCAAGAGUCUCAUCGCGGCCGCAGAGGACAACGUCAGACGACUCACGACGCAAAUCCACGAGUUGACUCUCGCACGGGAUAGAGAGAACGCCAUCCUGAUCCGACUUCGCCGCCUCGUCACUCCCAUCGCUAAGCUUCCGGAGGAGGUGCUCGUGCAGAUAUUCAAACUCGUCGUCGCGACACCCCGCUUUCAUCCCCAUGACGACUUUAUGGGCCGCUACGGGUUCAACUCGACGGAGCGGACUAUGUACAGCGAUAAGACGGCGGCUAUGCGCAAGACGCUCGGUCUGGCCAGAGUGUCGACUGUGUGGCGGCACGUGGUUGCAAGCAAUCCAAGUCUAUGGACAGACUGCAUUGUCAGUGUUACGAUGGAGCGCACAGGAGAGAGCGCCUUGGAAGGAUUGAAUCGGUUACUCGGUCGCUCCGCUCCAUACCCUGUGUCCCUGUCGCUGUGUUGCCCCAAGGAAUCCGCACUUUUCCAUCCUCCAAGCGUAGAGAUACUGAGGUCCACCGCCGGACGGUGGAGGAGCGUCGAGAUGGACUUUGACUCGUUGCAUCACUUGGUGGGCUUCGGGACUACACAGUUCCAUUCACUAGAGCGGCUACGCAUAUAUCGCGGGUCUUAUAACCAAAAGCAAGAGGACACCGACUUGUUUCUCGACUCACCACGCCUUUGGCAUGCCAACAUCGAGAGUGAUCGGCCGGACCGCAUUCGAUUGCCGUACUCUCAACUCACCGUGCUCGAGCUAGUUGCGGACUCGGCGCGGGCGUGCCGAGCGGUGUUGCUGCAGUGCACGAACCUCGUGAAAGCGAAGAUCUGCGCCGACCACCAGUGGGAUGGGUCGCCCUUGGCCGCCGCGUCCCCGCUGGUCACAUUCCCGCACCUGGAGACGCUCGAUCUGGAUCUGGGCGAGGGCCUGGCGGAUGACGACGUGGAUUCGAUGGACGCAUUUCUCUCCGUGCUGGACGCCCCCGCGCUGACGAAGCUGGUCGUGUGCUGGGACAGCGUCUGCAACUGGUCAGGCAGCCUGUGGCCGACGCCCGCCAUGUCUGACUUCCAGCGGCGGUCGCCCAAGAUCGCGUCGCUCGAUCUGCAGUUCUGCAACAUCGAGCGCGACGAGCUGCUCACGUUCCUGCGGUUCGCACCGUGUCUGACGGAGCUGCGGAUCCGCUACUCGUGGAACUGCGUGGACGAUCUGCUGCUCGAUGCGCUGCGCGUGGACCAGCAGCCGCCGUCCGGGGUGCCGCUGGUCCCGCGGCUGACGGAGAUCCACUGGAACUGCGUCGGCGAGUUCGACGAGGACGUAUUCGAAGACGCGGUGCGCUCGCGGUGGUGGAGUGCCGGUCGCCCCGCGAACUCCCAGGUCGACCGUCUGACGAAGGUGUAUGUCAGGCAACGGGACGACGAGGACUCGAUGUUCUCCUACGAAACGAUCUGCCACAUGCAGGACUUACGGGCACAGGGACUGGACUUGCGGUUGGAUGAUUUCGAGGACGAAAGCUAUUAUUGAUAUGGAUAUACUGUAUACCGAUUAUGCGGUGUACUGUAUACUGAUUAUGCGGCAAUCUAAUCCUGCCGCACCCGUGUUUUCUACAAUCGAGUAAUUUAUGCCAGACGCGAGUUGACGGCCGUGAGAACGGCGUUCGGAUGCACGCUUUGAUAUUUGAUGGGGUAUGAGCCGCGCCCUAUCCCGAUAGCCCCCUGUCCCCCUCUCUCAGCCUCUGCUCAUAAGCAAGGUUUUCUCGCGUGCCAAAGUGCUACAACUCCCACAUCUCCCUUGAAGAGUCAAAAUAUCUCUCUGAAUGUCACUUGAGAGAAAUCGGCACUGGAUAUAAUAUGCGCUGGCAAACCGGAUAGUGGAAAACUCCUCCCCAAGAGCACUAUAGACUCUGAAAGGCUGCCAGGCUAUGUCGCUGAUGACUCUCGAUGUUUGGAUCCUCAUUCUCCGCUCGAUCUCGGCCUCCAUUGAGAUCCCAGAAGGAGCGCGAAACUUGUAGUAGGGUGGAAGCCUGGAUACAAACGCUUCUGGCUCCUACCUGGCUCGUCCUUGCGCUCAAAAACACUCAGAAAUCAAGAUCUCUGAUCUGAGGACAACCGCAGUCCACCAGUUCUUUCGUGUAUGACCAGCCCCCUCUCGUGGCGCACUGUUCUAUCGCCCACCGAGGGUUCCGAAAUCGAUCCCCCGGUCUAUGUAACACUCAAGAACAUUUCUCCACGCUUGGCGACGGCUCCCUAGCUCUUUGGAUCGAUUUCGUCGACCUUGUCCUCGGCGGUAUUUCCAAAUUAGGAAAUUGUCGUCUCGAGGACCAUGAGCGGGUUCGUGCGCCCAUAUUAUGCAGGAGAUUGGUAUUUGAUGUUGGGAUCGGGUCUGCGAUGGUUUCAGCGCUGGUUUGAGCCGCGAUGACACUGUCACACAGCACACGCUGGCGCUGUUUUCCCUCGUCCACGCAUUGUGCUGCGUCUCCAAAGAAAAGGCUGGGGCUGGAGUCUUCCCGUCCAGUGCUCAAUUGAAGGAUUUGCUGGAGAUUCACGACGCAAGAUUCCGACAAUCUGGGUCUCAACGAGUGGUGGAUAUCAUCGCGGGGCAGACGGUCGCUUCCUGACUGAUACGGGAUACCCUGUCGGCAACAUCAAGCCCUGUGGUUUUGGUCUACUGAAGAAAAUCCAUGAGCGUCGGUCAGACAGUAUGCAGCGUCGCCAAUCACUGGCGAGUGCAAGAAGUCGGUCCAAUCUGCAGUGCAUUGUCUCUUCGACUCAAGUGCCCGGCGUAUCACAUAAGCAAUCAAACACGCACCCAGUUUCCAUCAGCGAACUUUCCUUGCCUCCUUCAUCGACGGUGCGCUCCCUCCACAUCCGUUGACAGCAGGAAGUUAUCCGGCGCUUUACGCUUCAUCGCAUCAAUGCCAGGCCCUGAUCCCGCGGACGAGGCCGCUUUGGCGAUGCCACCACCCUCGACGAUCCCCCGGGCGACUGCACGGCCCAGCACCCGCGUCCGAGCCCGCAAAAUGACACCCGAAGCGACGAAUAUCCGCAGGCACCUUGACCCGUACACGCUGAUGUUCCCGCCGAGCGCGGAGAUGAUGAAGGCUCUCCUGCAAUACGGAUACACCAAAGCGCAGAUCAAGCAGGCGUGGAUGCUCCCCUCGUCGGACCAGCAUCCGAUUGCCCCUUCUCCCGCCCCAGCCUCAGCCCCAGCCCCAGCCAUCCCGGCCCCCGCUGCAGCAGCACCUCCUGCCGUGGCUGCCACGGAAUCAGUGGCCGAAGCUGUCGCUCCAAAGGCGAAGAAGAGCAGGAAGCGAAAGGCUCGUGCGACCGACGCAGACCCCAGCGCAGAACUCGAGCAGGGCCCAGCGAAGCGGGCGAAUACUCAAGCUGAAGAUGCAGAGGCCGAACGGCAUCGCUCGAUUCAGAACAACAUGACGUUCUGUCUCGACUCCUCGCUGAACCUCAUCCAUGGACCGGCUGUCGCUGCUGUGCCACCACCUCAAGAGAUGGGAACGGCAAACGAAAUGGGCUGGGAGACAGCACCGCUUGAACCUGCUGCUCCUGCUCCUGAUCCCGCUCAAAAGAAAGACAAGGGCAAGGGCAGAGCCAUCGACAAUGUGCCGACUAUCGUUUCAGCUCCAGUAGUCGAGAAACCCCUCAAGCGGAAGCGUCGGGUGAAGCAGCCCAACGCCGUUGCUGGUCCUUCGCGUCAAGUUGAGGUGCCGUCAGCUAGCGGCUCCUCGCUCGUGAUGCCGGCUUUCCAGCCCCAGCAAUACCCGGACUGGAAUGCCUACCCAACUGCGAAUAUGGACCCUGCUGGAUACUAUGCUCAGUAUGGCCCAGUUCCGGGACCCAGCGCCGGCUAUGGUCCGCAGUCUAGCUAUGCUCAAUAUGUCGACCCCGAGGCUGGCGCUACUGCAUCUUACUCGACAGACGAUCUGGCUGGCACCUCCCAUGCUUCUCACGGCCUCACGGUAGACCCAUCGUUGGUCAACUCCGAGACGGGCAUCGUUCCUCUUCCUCCCUACGUCGACUACAGCGCCACGAAUGCACAAGCACAAGCCUGCGAGGGUUUCGACCAGCUGGACUCGACCGGACAGCCACUCGACGAUAUCACCAACGAGUUUUUGCUGCGAUCUGGGCUGAUUCAGCCGGACUACCCGGGUGCGAUGACUGGGGAGGACUACAUCGAGGACCAGCAGGACGCCCAGCUGGUCCACCGUUCCCACGAGCUAUUCGAGCUCUUCAACAUCUCCUAAAUGCCUCCGAAGCGAAAGGAUCCACAUCCAUCCUCCAUUUACGCAACACCGUUAUUCUUUUAUAUCAUCCUAAUACUGUUCUUAUACUCUCUCUCAUCUGCCUCUCGUCUGUAUUUGUAUCUUAUGCUUGUGUUUGUGACUAGAUGGUGCAUAUAGAUGUACUGUACCAUAUGCUAAUUCCAGAAUUUCAGCACGUCGCGCGAUGUAAGAGCAUUUUCGUCUUCGAACGUGUACUAUCCUGGUGUUUCAGAGGGCUCAAUAUCCGAUUUCUAUUGCCAUUGCGCUUGUGAUAACUCAUGUGAGGUUAUCACCAUAACGUCACGCGACGCGACACGAUCG